AUGGUACGCAGUCCGAAUCAGGGCAUCCGUGAAUCCAUCCUAAAUUUGCUCACUCAAGCUGCAAAGUGUGAUUUUGGAGAUUUACUGGACAUUGAACUUCUGAAGGUAUCCAAUCCGACGCUCAAAGAUGUGCGGGCUUAUUGUGAACAAUAUCAGGACAUUCUCGCCGCUACUUCAUCCAUGCCGUCCACCAUUGAAUCCACAGCCAUGUUCAAUUCACUCAAGACUAAAUCCACGAAAGCUCAUGCCACAGCCGGACGUUUCAAACCAGUUACACAAUCUAACUCACACAAUGUGACAUAUUCGGAUAAAUCCUAUGGCAAUUGUGCAUCCUGUGGCAAACUUCAUUCCUGA